CCCACAAGGUAAGGCGGGCUUUUCUUCCUACCGACCAAGGACGACAUUUUCAUCAGGUUUUGGUUUUGAAUUCAACAAUGGCAGCAACAAGCAUGCGGCUUGGAUGGCAGAAUCUACUUCUUGUACUUACAGUGCUUCCCAGCUGCAGGAGUUUGCAGGUUUCGAUCCCACAGGAGGAAUACGAGGCCGUAAAUGGAGAAGAUAUUACUAUGAUCUGUUCCUUCAUUCCGGCCAAACCCGACUUCAAAUUGUUGGUUCUCACAUGGGAAGCGUAUCCAGACGACAUUGAGGAGCCAAUGAAAACCGUGGCCACCUUUUUUUUAAACAACCCAGUGGACAUCUCCCCCGCAUAUGAAGGUCGAGCAACUCUGGAAGUGGACGUUGCCAGACAACAAAGCACACUUCACUUAACAAAGCUGACCGUGAAGGACAGUCGUAACUUCCAGUGCAGCGUUAGGAUUCCCAAUGAUGACGAAGGAACUACUGCUGCCUCCACCUCCCUUCUAGUGCUAGUGGCUCCCUCUGCGCCCCUGUGCAGGCUCCAGGGUACAGCAGAGUACUGGCACAACAUCAACCUCACUUGUGUGUCUGAGGAAGGCUCCCCAAAACCGAGCUAUGCAUGGAAGAGCUACAAUGUGGAAAACCGACCAAGACCGUACCCACCCAAAACCACUGAGAAAAAUGGAGUGUUGUCACUUUUCAAUAUUUCAAGAGAGACAUCUGGCUUCUUUAUUUGUGCUUCGACUAAUCGAGUUGGCUCUGCCAGCUGCAACUUCACCUUGGCCGUGAUGCCUGCUAGCUCAAACAUGGGAGCGACGGCAGGUAUAAUCGGAGGUGUCCUUGCCGGAUUGCUAGUUCUUGGAAUCGUUGUCUACUGCUUCUGCAAGAAAAGAGGCAAAAAAGAUAAGAAUGCUAAAGGAGAAAUGGAAUUUUCCGACAAAGACGCUGCUGAAGCUGUGAGGCAGUACCGUGACGAAGAGUCCAGUGGCGUGACCGAGAAAGCCGAAUACAAAGAUGCUGUUCCUCAAAAUACAGAAGAUCAGCAUAGUGGUAACAAUAUCGAAAGAGAAAACAACAGUGGCGACGGCGCUCAGCGUUAUCAGGAUCCCCACCGCGGCAGUCGCGAUCACCUUGACGAAAAACAUUCCGAAGUCCGGAAAGAGUACGGCGGGAGUAGCGAUCCCGUCGAUGAGCAGCUCGAUCGUAACGGUCGCGGCGGGCCUCGAGAACACCUCGACAAUCGCGGUGAGUACAGGGGUAGUCGCGACAGGCUCGACGAUCAGCGCGAACGCUACGGCGGAAGUCGCGACAGGCUCGACGAUCGGCGCGAACACUACAGCGGAAGUCGCGACAGGCUCGACGAGCAGCGUAAUCGCCACAGUCGGGACAGGCUGGACGACCAGCGCGAUCGUUACGGCGGCAGCCGGGACUGCCUUGAAGAACGUAACCAGUACAGGGGAAGUCGCGAUAGGCUCGACGAACCCCGCGAUCGCUAUGGUGGAAGUCGGGAUCGCCUUGAUGACACCUACGACUGCUAGCUUACGUUAUUAGAUUGAUGAUAGUGGUGACGCCGGUUUUGUACGUGCCUCGGUCUCAAGGUCACAGUUCGGUCUGUUUAUGGGAACUAACUGCAAAACAUACAACUGCUUAACUUUAAUGAUUUGUGACGAUUGCAACAGUAAUAGAGAGUGAUUAUUUUAUUUUUAGUAAAUUAAAGUUUUUAUUGGCUGUUACAUCACCAUGGGAACGCAUGACUGGACUGAUACAGUCUUUUCAAAUUUAAAGUGUUAUCUUUUACAGAAGAUUCAAUUGUUGGUUAAACUGAAUUCUCCACAAUUUUCACACAACCAAAAUGAGACGUCAUGGCAAAGUCUGCCUCAUUAGUAAUGAGCCUGCCUUCAAACAUUUAUAUUACAAACGUAUCAUAGAUUUAACAAUUUGGAUGUAGGUUGCGAUCAGGAGACAUCGUUGCGGUUCGGGAACCCCUCUGAGAUAUUUGUGUUUAAAUAAAUGAUAAAUGGGUUGUACUUGUAUAGCGCUUUUCUACCUUCAAGGUACUCAAAGCGCUUUUACACUACUUCCACAUUUACCCAUUCACACACUGAUGGAGGGAGCUGCCAUGCAAGGCGCUAAGCAGCACCCAUCAGGAGCAAGGGUGAAGUGUCUUGCUCAGGACACGACGGACGUGAUGAGGUUGGUAGUAGGUGGGGAUUGAACCAGGGACCCUCGGGUUGCGCACAGCCACUCUCCCACUGCGCCACGCCGUCCCUGUUUAAGGGCUAUACAAAUAAAUUGUGAUCGAUUGAUUGGUCAAUGACUUUACGCAAAAGGUUUUGUGACAGGUCUCCUGCCGUCAUCGUGUGGGUAGCAAGGACCAACGAUGCAAGACGCAUGGUAGCAGGUUUGACUCUCGUUUAUUAUUUCAAUAAACAAGUUUUGGUUCCAGUCGGUCGCGCCAAUUUCUAGCGCGACCUCUCUUCCUGCUUGUCUCUGCGUGCCUUUCGGUGGCCCGUGGCUGCUUCUUCCGCGGGGGCUCAUCUCUCUCCUGGUCGCUCUCGUCGUCUUCGUUGUCGGUUGUUUACUCUCCUACUUCUGCCAUGAUUGCCCCUCCUUCUCCCCUUUUAUGGUGCAGCAGAAGAUGCAGGGAUUGAGAGCAGGUGUGUCGUUUACGCACCUGACUCGGAUUGCUGCAGCGCCGUUCCAAGUGCGCAGUGCCUCUCCGCCAUCUCGGGUAGGACCGCUGUCUGUCCUAUCCUGCCGUUGGCUCGUCAGCUCCGUCUCUCUACAGUUUUUUUCCUAUGUCAGUGAACCGGAAGUAAAAUAGACACAGAUGGAGAAGCGGGAGUAUGCGGGAGCCUACCCAUCAUCUGUGCUCUGUUGUGGGACCAUAAUACGAUUUGAUGUCGUUAUACGAUAAGCUAAUACUAAAAAUAGAAAUCAAUAAACUUCUCCUGCGGACGAUGGGUAGGCUCCUCUAUCGCUUUGUCUGUUUCACCUCUGGUUCACCAUCGCUGUGUCUCUUAUACUUCUGGUUCAAUGACUUAGGAAAAAAAACUUUUGCGAGAUCUCUCAAAACAUUUUUUUCCCUUAGGGGCUCCGUCCAUAAUAAAACACUUAAGUGCAAAUGGGGAAAUAGGGCUGUAAACUUGUACAGCAUGUACCAUUACAGUCCUAAUUGAUGAUAAAUAGAAGUACAGUACAUAUAUAAAAUAAUGUCACUUAAUUCUGUUUUCAAAUAUAUUUUUGUUUUUAGCAUGCCUGUUUUAACAUCUACUGUACAGCUAUACUAUGAAGAUUUGGUUUCAUGCAGAUUUAUACCCUCAUUUAUUUUCAAAUUCAACAAGAAAUCUAAGCUAUUAAACAACUGCUCUAAUUCUUCUUUCUUCAAUUAAAACAAUGAUUUCAAUGAUUUCUUUGAAUUGCUACAAUGUCUUAUGUCACUUAACAUGGCCAGCUUUCACAAAUUCUGUGUUGGACAUUGCUUUGGAAAAGAACCUGCAUUAUACAUUUUUAAUAAAAAUAUAAUAAUCACAUGUACACAGAUCUUUAUGAACUGGAAAUUGAUAUGAAAGAAAAUGUGGUUUUGGAAGUUUGUUCGUAAGUAAAGUACAUUUUACAGCAGGGGUGAAAAACUAAUUUUAGAUCGGGGUCCAUAUGGAGAAAAAUAUAAUCCCAAGUGGGCCGGACUGGUAAAAUCACGGCAUGAUGACUUAAAAAUAAAGAUACCUUCAGAUUGUUUUCUUUGUUUAAAAAUAGAACAAGCACAUUCUGAAAAUGUACAACACCUAAUGUUAUUGGUUUUGUUUUACAUUUGUAGCCUUGUGGUCAGAGUGUCCGCCUUGAGAUUGGUAGGUUGUGACUUUAAACCCGGCCCGGUCAUACCAAAGACUAUAAAAAUGGGACCUAUUACUUCCUUGCUUGGCACUCAGCAUCAAGGAUUGGAGUUGGAGGUUGAAUCAGAUUACAACAAAUAAUAUCAGAAUGUUAUUUAUGUAGUAAUUUAUUUAUGAUGUAUGCGGCAGUACUAUACUAAAACCGGUGUACCGUACAACCCUAAUCCGUUCUGAAUCCAAUCAUCACCCCAGUAAUUGGAAUUGGGGCGGAUCGAAUCGUUAGGUGCUCAAAGAUUUACAACCCUAAUAAAAAAAAGUGUAUUAAAAACACUGUGUGAUUAUAGUUAAUGCUUAAUUUUGAGGUAGUAGGUGUGGACAAACAGCUCUUUAGUAUUAAAGCUACAGAGUACAGACAAAAGCAUUGGCGCCGAUUUACAUUACUGCCAGUGGGUGCUCGGUGUGGGUGCUCGGUGUGUGUGUAUUAGUGUUCUCUUGAUACCAAUAUUUUGGUACAGGUACCAAAAGAUUUUUGGUAAUUUUCAGUACUUUUCUAAAUAAAAGGGACCACAAAAUGUCAUGACCUGUGGUCUAGAUCAUGUUUUGUUUAGUUAUGUUCUGUUAGUUUUGGACUCCAUUAGUUCCUGUUUUUGUGCACC